AAAAGACGACUGGUGUCGCUGUUGUAUUCCCCAUCACUUUAGCCGCCUGCCUGUUAAUUAGAGUACAGGAGGCAGAAUCCCGAAACGAACUCUUCUUCCUAAAGCGGAGAAAGAGUCUCUUACCCAUCCCGGCGCCCUUAACCAAGAUGGCUGAAACAGCGUCAGUAUCCACUCUAGAAACCAGAAACGUGUGUCUCUCUAUGGUCUGAAAGGUUCCCUUUGCGUCGCGCUACCGACGACUUCCGGCGGCGGCUCUCGCGGGAUUGGCUGUUGGCGGCGUUGCGGCUGAGCUCGUGUGCGGCAGCGGUGGUGUUAGCAGCGGCUGCAGCAAGAGCGUUUGGCGCGAUGUGCCUGCGACAGACAGAAGAGGGCGUCCGAUCCCCAGGAUUGGAAUUACCUGUGAUGUCUCACACUAUUUUGCUGGUACAGCCUACCAAGAGGCCAGAGGGCAGGACUUACGCUGACUAUGAGUCUGUGAAUGAGUGCAUGGAAGGUGUUUGUAAAAUGUAUGAAGAACAUCUGAAGAGGAUGAAUCCCAACAGCCCUUCCAUCACAUACGAUAUCAGUCAGUUGUUUGAUUUUAUUGACGAUCUGGCAGACCUCAGCUGUCUGGUUUACCGAGCUGAUACACAGACAUACCAGCCAUAUAACAAAGACUGGAUCAAAGAGAAGAUCUACGUGCUCCUCCGUCGGCAGGCCCAACAGGCUGGGAAGUAAUUGAGUCGGAAGCAUUGGGGCUGGGGGUGGACUUGGAACAGGUACAUACAGUGUACUGUAGUGAACCUUUUGUAUGAUAGCGAUCCUGUUUCAACGUUGUUACACUCAAGCCAAGAUUGAAUGUCUGACACGAACCGUGAAUGAUCUUGUCACUCUGAAGCCACCAUGGCCCUUUGCUCCUUUACUUUCAUUUUUUUACUUAAACAUUUUUAUGAUAAUACAAAUAGAAAACAUUUUUGCCAUUUAAGGUUGGUUCCAGUCCUUGAAACUGUUUGAGUCUGCUUUAAAGUAAGCAGUGCGCGCACUAACCCUUCGUAGGGGGUGGGGUGGGGACAAGGUUAGUUCUAUCCUCUGGGAAAGUCUUAGUGAAAAAUAAAGAAAUGUUCUGUAGUUGUAUUUUCUCA